AAGUGUUAACAAUACAAUCUCCUCUCAUUAUUAAAAAAAAUAAAAUAAAAUUUACCCCUUCCAUAUCAACAAUUCCAAUUAUACAAACAAGCCCUAGGUACCUCGCUCCGCCCUUCUCAAUUUGUACAAUGGCGGAGGCGGUAGACAAUCAACACCGUCAGCAGGAGGAGAGAGAACUCAAAGAAAACACGCUUACAACAAUGACAACAAGCAGCUCCAACAACAAUGGCAACUCAUCAUCAUCAAUGAGCCGAAAGGAUAAGAGAAAAGCGUUGAAGAAGAUGAAAAGGAAGCAAAUCAGAAGAGAGAUUGCAUUGAAGGAAAAAGAAGAAGAAGAAGCUCGAUUGAAUAAUCCUGAGGAGCAGAUGAAGUUGCUGCGAUUUGAGCAAGAAGAAGCUGAGAGAAUGGAGAGAGAUCGUUUAGAGUUUGAGGAACGAGAGCGGCAGUUUCUUCUAGACUUAGAGGUUAAGAAGAAGAAGAAAGAAGAGGAGGAAGAAGAAGAGCGGCUAAAACGUCUUGAAGAAGAGUCUCGAACUGAUUUGGUUAAUGCUGUGAACGACAAAGAGGUGAACGAAGAUGAUGAUUGGGAAUAUAUUGAAGAAGGACCAGCAGAAAUUAUUUGGAAAGGAAAUGAGAUUAUUGUUAAAAAGAAAAAAAUCAGAGUGCCAAAGAAAUCUCUAGACGUUCAGAAGGAAAAACAGGAAACAUUUCAGGAAAGUGAAAGGCCUAUAUCAAACCCUCUUGCUCCGCAGUCUGAAGCUUAUGAAGAUUAUAGGAGCGCUCAAGAGGUUCUAGAAAGUGUUGCACAACAAGUUCCUAAUUUUGGAACUGAGCAGGAUAAAGCACAUUGCCCUUUCCAUCUUAAAACCGGGGUUUGUCGCUUUGGAGCACGAUGUAGCAGAGUUCACUUCUAUCCAGAUAAAGCUUGUACAAUAUUGAUUAAGAACAUGUACAACGGGCCUGGCCUUGCUUGGGAACAAGAUGAAGGGCUUGAGCAUACGGACGAGGAGGUUGAGCGGUGUUUUGAAGACUUCUACGAGGAUGUUCACACAGAAUUUUUGAAGUUUGGAGAAAUUGUGAACUUCAAGGUGUGCAAAAAUGGCUCAUCCCAUUUGCGGGGCAAUGUAUAUGUGCAUUACAAGUCAUUGGAAUCAGCAACGCUUGCUUACCAAUCAAUCAAUGGUCGUUACUUUGCUGGGAAACUGUUAACCUGUGAGUUUGUUAGUUUGACGAGAUGGAGGAUUGCUAUUUGUGGAGAGUAUAUGAAGUCAAGGCUCAAGACCUGUUCUAGGGGUUCUGCUUGCAAUUUUAUCCAUUGUUUUCGUAAUCCUGGUGGGGAUUAUGAAUGGGCUGACUGGGAUAAACCUGCCCCCGGAUAUUGGCUAAAGAAGAUGGCUGCUUUAUUUGGAUACACUAAUGAUGGAUAUGCAGAUGAACAUAGUCCAGGCAGCUAUCAUACAGGGUCGAGGUCAAGGUCGAGGUCGAGGCCAAGGUCAAGGUCAAGGUCAAGGUCAAGGUCAAGGUCCAUGUCCAAGGUGUUGGACAGUCCUCGUAGAACAAUUUUUUCUGAUGAGGAUGAUGGUCAUCAAAGAAAGCACUUCAGGAGGCACAGAGGUGAUGGCAGAGAGGUCAGCAAGCUUGAUGGGGAGAUUAAAGGAAGGAAAAGUACCUAUCGAGAUUACCGUAGUGUCAAGCACAGAGAAACCUGUAAUGAUGAUAUGUCAGAUGGGAGUAGUGAUGGUCAUGGCAAGAAAAGAAGUUCGAGAAAAAGAAGGGAACCAGAAUCUACAAGACAAGACAGCAAGAGCAGAAAAGUCCAAUCCCUUUCUUCCAGUCCUGAGUCUACAAAGGGAAGAGCAAGUGACAGAUACGUGGAACGUGCUAGUAAAAGCUCAAGUAGGCAUAAAAGCGUUGCAUAUUCAGUCCAUAAUCGACACAAACCAAAAAAUUGGGGUCAAAGAGAUAGUUCUUAUGCAGACAAGCAUCAUGAUAAACUGCACAGACGUAAAGUUGAACUUUGCUCGCCAAAAAAGGAGGAAGCAGGGUCCUCCAUCAAUGACUCUUAUGGUGAUAGUCCAGACAGCAAGGAAGACAGUCAGUACAGGCAUAGUAGGAAAGACUUGAGAAAGGUAAAUAUUGAUGAAGAAGAAUCCAGUAGUGCUUCUGAUAAGAGUAGCCAUGUGAGGGUCGAGAAGAGGGGACACACGAACAGAAAAGAACUUGUAAGGUCAAAGGACAAGACAUACACUUCAGAAAUCAAGUACAAUGGGGACAGUCAAGAUAGUUGUGGAAGUAGGCAACAUAGUACUGAUGGUAGAGGUAGGCUUGGCAAGGAUAAAAAGAAGCCUCAAAAGGAUGAUAGAAAGAGUAAAAGAAAAAGACACUCAGGGUUCACUGACACAAAGAGUGAUAAGGAUGAGGAUAUACGGCAUAUACAUAGUAAAACACACUCAAAGAAGAUGAAAAUUGAUGCAGAGUCAUCAGAUGACACAUUUGAUGGAGAUAGUCUUAUAAGUUCUAAGAACAGGCCCCAGAAGAGUAGAAGGUAUUGUGCCAAGAAUGAGUCAGAUAUGAAGAGACAUAGGGGAAGUAUUGAUGAGGGACUGGGACAUCAUGGACAGAAGAGAAGACUAUAUCAUUCUGGCCUGUCAAAAGAUGAUUCUAUCAGAAGAGACGAAGAGUGUAUCACAUCUGAAGAAAUGGAGACUUGUGCAGCGCACUCUAGCUGUCAGGACUGUGGUGAAGCAGAGGCUGAGCUUGAAAAGGCAUGUCGUCAAGCUGCUUUGAUGAAGUUGGAAGAGAUCAGAAAGAACAAAGAUACUCAAGUCACCCAUAGCAAGGAUCCUAUCGAAAGUUCAAGUACAUAUGCUCAUGAAAAUAUAGUUGGUAAAGGUGUAGUGGAGAAAUGUGGUUCAAAUAAGUUAGAGACAAGUGUUGCUUCAACAAAGCGGAGAAGGGUUUAAUUAUCAUGGAAUAUGAGAAUGAACUUAAAUCUGAUAAACCUUUAUCUCUACAUGGCAAUGAAAGCUAGUGGCUGCUUUAUCUUGCAAGACAGACUCGACUACUAGCUAGAAUCAAUUAGAAGCUUUUAUACACGACAUUGUGCUGGAAGCAGGCCUUCAACUGAUCACCGUCUUAGAUUGUAAAAAGUAUAUGCAAUAGAAAGGUGAUAUUGGUUUGUUUUGCCGCCAUAUUUGGCUUUCACCUAUACCUUCUCUUUCUCAAAACUUCAACAGUUAUUGAGGUAUAGUUGAGCACCCUAGACUCUUAUUUAGCACUAUAAAUUAACGAGAGUAGGUAGGUAUAGUGUAACAUAAUGCGCUAACUAAUUUAUGUUUCUCCAUUUGCUCAUAAUGAAUCAAGAAUACUCCAAAACGAUUAUAAUUUGUUUUUUCUAUUCGUGAUUAGAUUAGCGAAUCAUGUGAUACUAGUGGGUACUUUAUGAAUUUGCAUGUUCUUAGGAUUCAUGGGAACUUUGUGAACUGUGGUCUUUCCUAAGUUAUCAAAGGGGUAAAGCUUUGCUUCAAUGUUUGCACGGUAGAGUUUUUUGUGGACGUGCAAUAGUUUGCUUGCCUACUUACCCUUUGUGAUAUGUAAGAUAUCGGCACUAUUGGUCUUUGUACAUAGGAUAUUGCGGUACUAUGAAAUACUCUUGUUUUUUUUGAACUUUUGUUCUACACCUUUGCACUUGACUAUUGUUUAUUGAAUAUGUUGUCCAUUACUUACAUCUUUAUAUCAAUUUAAAACCUAAAAAAUUUGAAUGAAAAUAAGUCUUUUUCGAAGGGCUUUCUUAUAGGUCACAGAUA